AUGCCGGCCGUCACCUCAUGCACCGCCCGCGCGGUCGUCGCCCCUCGCGCGUCCGCCGACAAGGCGAACAAGAAGCCCGCGGCGGUUCCCUCCGCCAAGCCCGCGUCUCUCGCCGCGGCGUCGUUCGCGGCGGCGUCCCUCGCCCCGUCCGCGGCGUUCGCCGCGACGGAGGCGAUCUCGCAGACCGCGUCCGGGGUCGGCCUCGCCGUCGGCGGCGCCGCCGCCGUCGCCGGCGUCGCCGGCCUCCUCGUCGUCACCGACCCGAACCGCCGCCGCGAGAGCAUGAUGUCCGAGACGGGCGGCGACGAGGCGGAGUCCGUGAGGAACUACUUCAACACCGUCGGCGCGGAUCGAUGGAAAAAGAUCUACGGCGAGACGGACGAGGUGAACAAGGUCCAGCUCGACAUCCGCCAGGGGCAUCAAAAGACCGUGGACAAGGUGAUCGGCUGGAUGGCGGGGAAGGACAUGAACGGCGUCACCGUGUGCGACGCCGGCUGCGGCACCGGCUCGCUCGCGAUCCCGCUCGCGUUGUCGGGCGCCGCCGUCAGCGCCAGCGACAUCUCCUCCGCGAUGGUCGGCGAGGCGGAGGUGCGCUUCAACAACGAAAUCGCCGCGGGGAAGAAGGCGCCGUCCGUCGCGCCGAAGUUCGAAGCCCUCGGUCUCGAGGAGUGCUCCGGGAAGUACGACGUCGUGACGUGCAUCGACGUGAUGAUUCACUACCCCACGGAUCGCGUCAACGGGAUGAUCAACCACCUCGCGUCGCUCAGCGAGGACAAGCUCAUCGUGUCGUUCGCGCCGAAGACGCUGGCGUAUUCCAUCCUGAAGCGCGUCGGCGAGCUCUUCCCGGGGCCGUCCAAGGCGACGCGGGCGUACCUUCACGCGGAGGAGGACGUGGAGAGCGCGCUCAAGGCGGCGGGGUUUAAAGUGACGCGACGGGAGAUGACCGCGACGCAGUUUUAUUUUAGCCGCCUGCUCGAGUGCGAGCGCGUGUGAGCGGCGGCGCGAGCGACGCGGGAGUGGAGUGGAACGGAUUACGGUAUCACGUGGCAGGCGGAGGUUGUGGUUGAAGAGCACGCGCGCGCGCGCGCGCGAGUCCGAUCGCGACCGACGCGAGUGGAUUUAAUACAUCUCGCGCGUUGCGAUUC